ACAACACCAGCAACUACAUCAACAACAACAACAGUUGCCCCCUCAACCACAACACCUGCAAUAUCAUCUACCACAACAGAUGCUCCAUUGGCAACAAUACCAGCAACAUCAACUACAACAGUAUUCUCCUCAACCACAACACCAGCAACAUCAGCUACAACAACAAAUGCCCCCUCAACCACAUCACCAACACCUUCAACUACAACAACAGUUACAGCCUCAACCACUUCACCAACAACUUCAACUACAACAACAGUUGCCCCCUCAACCACAACACGAGCACAAUUAACUAUAAAAACAAAGGCCCCCUCAACCACAACACCAGCAACAACUCCAACAACAUCAACAGUUGUCCCCUCAACUACAACCCCAGCAACAUCAACUACAAAAGUUGCCCCCUCAACAACACCAACUACAUCAGCAACAACUACAGUUGCACCCUCAACUACAACACCAACAACAUCAACAGUUGCCCCCGUAGCCACAACACCAGCAACAUCAACUACAACAGUUGCCACCUCAACAACACCAGCAACUUCAACAACAACAGUUGCCCCCUCAACCACAACACCUGCAAUAUCAUCUACCACAACAGAUGCUCCAUUGGCAACAAUACCAGCAACAUCAACUACAACAGUAUUCCCCUCAACCACAACACCAGCAACAUCAGCUACAACAACAAAUGCCCCCUCAACCACAUCACCAACACCUUCAACUACAACAACAGUUACAGCCUCAACCACUUCACCAACAACUUCAACUACAACAACAGUUGCCCCCUCAACCACAACACCAGCACAAUCAACUAUAACAACAAAGGCCUCCUCAACCACAACACCAGCAACAUCAACUACAACAGUUGCCACCUCAACAACACCAGCAACUUCAACAACAAAAGUUGCACCCUCAAUCACAACACCAGCAACAACUACAACAACAAAUUCCCCCUCAACCACAACGCCAUCAAUAUCUACUAUAACAGUUGCCCCCUUAAUCACAACACCAGCACUUUCAACUACAACAGUAUUCACCUCAACCACAACCCCAGCAAAAUCAACUACAACAGUUGCCCCCUCAACACCAACUACAUCAACAACAACAGUUGCACCCUCAACCACAACACCAGCACAAUCAACUAUAACAACAAAGGCCCCCUCAACCACAACACCAGCAACAUCAACUACAACACCAGCAACUUCAACUACGAUAACAGUUGCCCCCUCAUCCACAACACCAACAUCAGCUACCACAACAGUUGCAACCUCAACCACAACACCGGCAACAUCAACUACAACAGUUGUCCCAUCAACAACACCAACAUCAGCUACCACAACAGUUGCCCCCUCAACAACACCAGCAACUGAAACUAGGAAAACAGUUGCACCCUCAACUACAACACCAGCAACUUCAACUACGAUAACAGUUUCCCCCUCAACCACAACACCAACAUCAGCUACCACAACAGUUGCCACCUCAACCACAACACCAGAGAUAUCAACUACAACAGUUGCCCCCUCAACCACAACACCAGCAUCAGCUACCACAACAGUUGCCCCCUCAUCCACAACACCAGCAACAUCAACUACAACAUUUGCACCCUCAACCACAACACCAGCAACAUCAACUACAACAGUUGUCCGGACAACAACACCAGCAACAUCAACUCCAACAACAGUUGCCCCCUCAUCCACAACACCAGCAACAUCAACUACAUCAACUACCACAACAGUUGCCCCCUCAACAACACCAACUACAUCAUCAACAACAUUUGCCCCCUCAACCAUAACACCAGACACAUCAACUACAACAACAGAUGCCCCCUCAACCACAACAACAGCAACAUCAACUAAAACAGGUACCCUCUCAACAACACCAACUACAUCAACAACAAUAGAUGCACCCUCAACCACAAUGCAAGCAACGUCAACUACAACAGUUGCCCCCUCAACUACAACACCAACAACAUCAACGGUUGCCCCCUCUACCACAACACAGGCAACAUCAACUACAACAGUUGUCCCAUCAACAACACCAGCAACUUCAACUACAACAGUUGCCCCCUCAUCCACAACACCAGCAACAUCAACU